GCCUCCUCCCCUGGGCACAGUGACUCCACCUGCUGGCUCAGAGCCCGGCCAUUCUCAGAACUCCACCUGGCUCCGUCCACCCCACAGUUCCUGAAUGCCUGGUCAUGUCCAGAAGCUUCCAGCAGCUGACCUGGGCACCAUGGGGCCCAUCUUGCUGGCCCUGCUGCUGCUUCUGGAGCCUGCAGUCCUACAGGGGACCCCAGCUGAGGACUGGGCUGAUGGACGCUAUUCCUUGAGUUUUAUCUACACUGGUCAGUCCAAGCCCAGGCCAGGUUCGCCCAGCUUCCAGGCCGUGAUCUUCCUCAACGACCAGCCCUUUUUCCGCUAUGACAGCACGCAAGGCAGGGCUGAGCCACUGGGCCCGUGGGCCACACUGGAAGGGCUGGAGGACUGGGAGAAGGAGAGCCAGUUGCAGAAGGCCCGGGGGGACUACUUCCUGCUGACACUGGAAGAUGCCAUCGACUACUACAAGGAUGCCCAGGUUCCCCACACUUUCCAGGGCAGGAUUGGCUGUGAGCUCCAGAACAAUGUGAGCAGUGGAUCUUUCUGGAGUUAUGCGUACGAUGGCCGCGACUUCAUCACCUUCAACCGGAGCAUCCCUGCCUGGGUAGCCCUAGACCCUGCCGCUACAGUGGCCAAGCGCAAGUGGGAGGCAGAGGCCGUGUACCUGGAACGGGCCAAGGCCUACAUGGAAGAGGAGUGUCCUGCCCUGCUGCGGAAGUACCUGCGCCUCGGCCAGAGCCUGCUGGACAGACGAGAUCUGCCAUUGGUGUCUGUCACCAGCCACACAACCUCAGGACAGCAGAGAAGGUUGGAGUGUCGGGCCCAUGACUUCUACCCACCCAGUAUCACCCUGUACUGGACCCGGGCUGGCAAGACCCUGGUGACGGAGUCUAUGGGGGACCUUCUUCCCAACGGCAAUGGCACUUACCAGACCAGGCUUGGGUUGAGUGUCCCCCUGAGUGACCGUGGCCCCCUGGCCUGCCAUGUCAAGCAUAGCAGCCUGGCCCACCCACUCACAGUGCAAUGGGACCCAGCCCAGAAAGCCCAGACAACAGCCGGCAGGGCUGCCCCAACCCAUUAG